UUUAACGAGGGAUGAGUAUUUUUUUUUUCACUCACUCACUCCAGAGCUGUGUGCACGCGCAUUAGGUGACCCAAAUCAGUGCUGAAGCAGGCAAGGCGAUAGUAACAUUCCCAACGUGGUUCAUCGAGUUCGAGUAAGAGCUACAUUUCCCAUUUAGAGGUGAGCACCUCAUUACUCCAGCAGCCAUGGCAGACGAGGCCGACAUGCGCAACGAGCUGACGGACAUGCAGGCCAGAGCGGAUCAGCUAGGCGAUGAGUCUUUGGAAAGCACUCGUCGCAUGCUGCAGCUGGUUGAAGAGAGUAAAGAUGCUGGUAUCAGAACUUUGGUUAUGCUGGAUGAACAGGGAGAGCAACUGGAGCGCAUCGAAGAGGGAAUGGAUCAGAUCAAUAAGGACAUGAAAGAAGCAGAAAAGAAUUUGACGGAUCUAGGAAAUCUCUGUGGUCUAUGUCCAUGUCCAUGUAACAAGCUGAAAGGUGGUGGCCAGUCAUGGGGUAAUAACCAGGAUGGGGUGGUGUCCAGCCAGCCGGCGCGUGUGGUCGAUGAACGUGAGCAGAUGGCCAUCAGCGGAGGAUUCAUCCGCAGGGUAACAAAUGAUGCGCGAGAGAACGAAAUGGAUGAGAAUUUGGAACAGGUGGGAGGUAUCAUUGGUAACCUCCGCCACAUGGCUCUCGACAUGGGCAACGAGAUCGACACCCAGAAUCGUCAAAUCGACAGGAUUAUGGAUAUGGCCGAUUCCAACAAAACCAGGAUCGACGAAGCCAACCAGCGCGCCACAAAGAUGUUGGGAAGUGGCUAAACCCCUGCGAGAAAUGCUUUGGCUCCCUUUUCCCUCCCCGCUGUACCUGCAAGAGUGCACAUGUGCUUUUACCGUGGUUUCACCUGACCGGUUUUCACACAUGCACUUAUCAGCCCCUCUACGCUCUAUCUAGGAAGUGUCGUCGUAUGUCUGUCUUAACCGAUAGUCUAGUAAAUGUUCACAUUUACUCUGUAUCUUUCUCUCCAAAGGUUAAAUGUACAUAGUGCAUAUUUGAUGGCUAGAGCCCAUGUCAAGUUUCUUCUUCUUCUUCUUUUGAUGGUUACUUUGUUUUUUAAGUGAACAUUUAUUAAAUAUAUAAACACACAUUUUUUGGAUGAAAUUUCUUAAAGGUUUUCAAUCAUUUGUGUGUCCAUGCUCUGUGUUUUACGCUAUAUAAGCCAUGGUUCAUAUUCAGAUCUAGCGAGACAGGAGAUGAAUUAAGGCCCGUUCACACCAAGCACGAUAACUAUAAAGAUAACGCUAAAAAUAUAGUUCUAAAAAUCGUUCUCAAUAU